GAAUUCAGCCUGGCAACAACUGGCAUGCCCGGUGAAGCUCAGGGUGGAGCCAACGUGUCUGAGCAAGUACAAAUAGACCCCCCGAUCACCACCGGCUCCUCAGAGUUCACCGAAUCCUGAAGACGACAGCUCCGACCCCAAACACGCCACCUCCUCCAUCAUGAAGCUUUCGCUUGUUGCCGGGCUGGCCAUCCUGGCUCUUUGCUUCAGCAAGGGUAGUGGCGUAGUCUGCCCAGCUGUUGUGGAAGACUUAACUCUUUUUUUAGAUGGUACACCUGAAGAGUUCCAACUCUUCCUUCAGAGUUUCAAUGCAACCGAGGACAUGAUUCAGGCCAAACUCGCUGAGAAGGAAUGUAUCGAUCAGAUGACAGAAAGUGAUCGGGAUUUGAUUUCAACGUUAAUGGUGAACAUUGUAGCUUCUGAUUGCCUGGUGAAACUGGAUUAGACUUCAGGAUCCUGUUAUGUCUUCUAGCUGCUAAUUCCUAAUUGCCGCCUGUCAACCACCUCUCUCUGACUGCAAAACUAUUCAUCUUCCAACUGAUUAGCUCUGAGAUCACCUCCAGCCUUCACAUCUUGGAGCCAAUCCUUGUAGAAUUAGGGUGUAGAAACCUCCCGAGAUGCUUACGGCCUGCU